AGAACACAAAUUUCAGAAAUUCUUCUGAGAUUUUCAGAGGGCCCAGAACUGCAGCCCUUCAUCUUUGGAUUUUUCCUGUUCACAUAUCUGAUGGCUGUGGCUGGAAACCUGCUCAUCAUCCUGGCCACCAUCUCUGACUACCACCUGCUCACACCCAUGUUCUUCUUCCUCUCCAACUUGUCCUUUGUGGACAUCUCUUUCAUUUCGACCACUGUGCUCAAGAUGCUGGUGAACAUCCAGAAACAAACCAAGGUAAUAACUUAUGAAUAAUGCAUCAUCUAGAUUCAUUUCUUUUCAUUUUUUGUAGGAUUAGACAACUUCCUCAUUGGUGUUAUGGCCAAUGACUGGUUUGGCUGUCACCCCCUGCAAUACAUAGUCAUCAUGAGCCACCAGCUUUGUGGAUUGCUGGUGCUGGUGUGUUGGGUUACAACUAUCCUGAAUUCCUUGUUCCAUAGCUUUAUGGUGGAACACCUUUCUAUUUGCACAAAAAUGGAUACUCCUCAUUUUUUCUGUGAACCUAAUCAGUUAGUUCACCUUGCCUGUUCUGACACUUUUCUUAAUGACAUGGUGAUGAAAUGUGAAGCGUGGCUUCAGGGUGGUGGUGCCCUUGCAGGUAUCCUUUACUCUUAUUCCAAGAUUGUUUCCUCCAUGCAUGCAAUUUCAUCAACUCAGGGGAGGUAUAAAGCAUUUUCCACUUGUGUGUCUCACUUGUCUGUUUUCUCCUUAUUUUAUUGUACUCUUCUUGGUGUGUACCUUGGUUCUGCUGUUAUACAAGCCUCACACACAAGAGCAAUAGCUUCAUUGAUGUACCAUGUUGUCACAUUGAUGUUGAACCCCUACAUCUACAGUCUAUGGAACAAAGAUAUCAAGCAUGCUCUGAAAAGACUAUUUAAAAAGGGAUUAUUAAACUGUCCACUGUUUGGGGCUAAAAAGUCUAAUCAAUUAACUCAUCAUGAUCUUGUUGUUGUUCUCACCAAUGCUUUAAUUGCUGAAGAAGGCAAAAUAGUGCUGGAUCAGGCCCAUGCCUAUGCAGAACAGGAGCAUUUGACAAAUAAGCACCAUCCAGGAAGUACUUUUGUGGUCCUUGAACAAGACCCAGGAUGGGACUACCACAUUGAGGUGGGGAUUGAAGCUCAGGACAGGUAUAUUAAUUGUCUCCUUCAUGGGCUCCACAGAUCCAACAUGAAGUCUGUAAAUUAUGAGAAGCUGAAUGAGAUUAUACAAGAUAAAAAUGAAAAUCCCCUUGCCUUCCUACAAAGGCUGACUGAUGGCCUCUGCCAACAUACCAGACUUGACCCUGAGUCUGUUGAUGGCCAGAGAUUAAUUAUGAUGUAUCUCUUUUAUCACAGCUACCCUGACAUUAGACUCAAACUAAUAAAGCUUGAGAGGGGACCUUUGAAUCCCCCUGCAGAAGUUCUGGCCACAGCAUUCAAAGUCUAUCAUGGCCGUGAUGAUCUCAAGUUCAGCAAAAAGUGCCAGUUAUUGGCACAAACCUUCAAUCCUGCCAAGCUGCAAUUCCCUCAAGGAAAAGGACAAUUCAGGGGGUCCCCUCAACCACUGGGACCCUGUUACCUGUACAGUCAAGAGGGUCACUAG